AUGAAUAAUAUAAUAGUAGGAAGAUUAAAAUGUUGCACUUUAAUUAAAAGGUGCUUCUCAAAUUUUUAUUCUCCUACUGUUAAGAAAAAUAUACCUGAAUAUAUCGACUUUGAAACAUUUUUUCCUAAAAAAGAAAUAAAGCCAGAUGUCUUGACAGCCUUUACUAUAGCAAAACAACAAAGACUAGAAAAACUUUUAGAAAAUAAUUCUCUAGUAUUAUAUCAAGGAAGAGUAAUUAAAAAUUUAUCAUGUCCAAAGAUAAAAAAUUCAGGGAGAAAUAAUGUGGGGAAAAUUACAGUACGUCAUAGAGGAGGAGGUCACGUACAAAGGUUAAGAUUUAUUGAUUUUAAAAGAUCAAGAAAAGAUAUCUAUAGCACUGUUUUAAGAAUAGAAUAUGACCCAUCUAGAAGUGCACAUAUAGCUUUAAUUCAAUACGAAGAUGGGGUAUUAUCAUACAUUCUAGCUCCACUUUUGCUGAGGCCAGGAGAUAAAAUUAUUGCAAGUAAAUAUGCAAAUAUUAAUCCUGGAAAUUCUUUGCCGCUAAAAAAUAUCCCUGUGGGAAGUAUAAUUCAUAAUAUUGAAAUGAGACCAGGAGCUGGUGGACAAUUAAUAAGGGCAGCUGGUACCUAUGCGACCAUACUAAGUAAGGAUAAUCAAUAUGCAACUAUAAAGUUGAAAUCAACUGAAAUAAGAAAAUUCCCACUUGAAUGCUGGGCUACUAUUGGUCAAGUUUCCAACUUAGAGAGACACAUGCGUAUUUUAGGAAAAGCUGGUGUUAAUAGAUGGCUCGGAAAAAGACCAGUAGUAAGGGGAGUUGCUAUGAACCCAUCCAAACAUCCACAUGGGGGAGGUACAAGUAAAAAACAUACCAAAAGACCAAAAUGUUCCUUAUGGGGGAAAUGCAGAGAUGGAUUUAAAACGAGAAGUAAAAAGAAACCACUUGGGUUGAUUAUCAGGAGAAAUAUAUGUGGUCGCUUACAGAAAAAGUAUGGUGUUACUGUAUAA